AUGUCAUUCUCGGCGAAGUCUACAAGCCAGGAGAAAGCACCGAAUGCUGACUCUACUGCAACCAGUGCUGCAAGCGUAGCCCAGGGUGGUUCCUCGGCACUUUCCAAGCCUCCAGUGCAGGACAAGCUGGUCCUCGAUGAACGCAGGAGUCGCCAAAGCCACCGCAGGCAGAGCAAAAGCGCAGCGCGGGCCACGGUCUUCCAUGCAGAGCAAUGCUACGAAAACGCCGACAAAUCCGGAUGUACAGAAAAAGAGGCUUGCGCCCUGACCCUGAAGUGGUCGUUAAGGGACAUCAUAACGGAGAGCGCUUCGUUCGACCUGGUGGCCUUCAUGCCGCUGCUGCGUGAGCGGGUCUACACAAAGCACAACUUUGCGCGAGCGUUUGUGGUCUCCUGGGUGUCUGUGAUGAACUCUGUGCCGGACAUUGACAUGCUCAUCUUCCUGCCCGAAAUCCUUGAUGGCCUUUCUACAUACUUGAAGAUCCUCGCUUACUUUGCCAUCAGUCCGAUCAUCGCUGCAGAAGAGUUGUGUCCUUUCGACUGCGCACUGUUGCAAAAGCACCCCUCCAUGAACACCACACUGCUGAAGCCAUUCGGCAUUAUACCCGGAGGCAUCACUGCUCGUUCGCACCCCGACCGUGUGGACUUUGCUGCGAUGAUCCGGAACCUCAUCGUCCACUCUCAUUCCUCCGCCAUCCGCGAAACGGCCAAGGCGGUAAACAUGCGGCUGAUGCAUCUGGUCACCGAGGAGGACGACCAACCUCUGUCUCGGGGCCCCGCGGGGAGCGACAGCGACUCACCUGCAACGCGAGGGCUGGGCCUUGGUGUGCAACAGAGAAUUGCGGGCGAGCUCCAGCCGGAAGGCGUGAACGCAAUAGCCGUGCCCAUCGCAACCGAACUGGAGCUGACCCCGUUGGUGAAUGUGUUGACGCGGCAGCUGAUGCACGUCUCCAUGCAGACGCGCAUUGCGGUGCUGCGCUGGUUCCUGCAUCUGUUCACCAAGAUACCGAAUAAGAUUUUUCUCCAUGUGGAGGAGAUAUUUCCAAAGCUGCUACAGACACUUUCGGAUCCAUCGGAUGAGGUGGUCCUGUUAGACCUCGAGGUGCUGGCUGAAAUCUCGUCGUCAAGCGCACCCGGAGGCAGCGGUGCCAUAAAGCGGGCCAUAAACAGCGAUGGCAGUGUGCCUGCCGGGGAUGCAGCCGCAGCACCCAAUUGUUACUUCGGAAAGUUUAUGCUGUCACUGCUGGACCUGUUCCAAUCUGAUCUGCAGCUGCUUGAGGACAGAGGCUCCUUCAUAAUCAGGCAGCUGUGCGUGCUGCUGAGCGCGGAGGACAUCUACCAGUCCCUGUCCGAGAUCCUGCUGGGCAGAGAGGACCUGCGCUUUGCGGCACACAUGGUGCAAACCCUCAACACUAUUCUGCUCACUUCCACCGAACUGUUUGAGCUGCGCAACCAGCUCAAGGACCUCAACACCAAGGAGAGCUGCUCGCUGUUCUGCUGCCUGUACCGGUCAUGGUGCCACAACCCAGUCGCCACAAUAUCCCUGUGCCUGCUCACCCAGAACUACGAGCACACCUGCUCCCUGCUGCACCUCUUCAGCGACAUGGAGGUGACAGUCGAGUUCCUCACUGAAAUCGACAAGCUUGUGCAGCUGAUUGAGUCUCCGAUUUUCACAUACUUGCGCCUGCAGCUGCUAGAUAGCCCACAACAGUCUUACCUGGUCAAGUCUCUGUACGGCCUGCUCAUGCUGCUACCCCAGAGCGAGGCCUUCCACACAUUGCGCACAAGGCUCGCCUGCCUGCCGCACCCGUCCCUGCAGCAGAUGGAUACUGGCGCCACUGUUCGAAGAUUUGUGGAGAACAACAGUGCUGAGAGGUGCAAGUCUGAGAUCAACUUCCAGGAGCUCCUGGAGCACUUCCAGAAGGUGCAGGAGUCUCACAAGAAGGCUAAGCCAGCGGCCAGGCUUAGCCAAGUGCUACGGCUGAGUGGCGCUAUCGAUUCUGGGCCCCAGGCAUGACAAGGUUUCGACUUAGGUGUCACAAUUUUCAUCAGUGCGUAGACUUCCGCAUUGCAGAGGGUCACGUGUCUCUCCCGCGUCAGACAAGAGGACGCCUUCUACUAUUGCCGUUUUUGUGCGUUAUGUUUAAUGCUGUAACAUGCAUUGGGCCCGCACAUUUCCUGAAGCCACCUUACAAAAAUGGUUCCAUCUUAAAAAAUGAAAAAUGAAUUGCUGAGCAUUGUGUAGAAGCACUCGGAAAAAAAAAUAUUCUCAUGUGCGACACUUCCUAGUUGGUGCUUCUGUUCCUUUUAGUCAUUUUAAGAUUUUUGAAUCGUCACAUCCUCACUGGGAUCGAGUUUUGUCACGGGACAUGGAGUUAACACUACGUGUCACUUGCAGCACAUUGUGCUUUGUUUGUUGUGACAUAAUGUCGGCUUUUCUCAAAGGCUUGAAAGGAAUAUUCAUUUCUUAUGCAUCGAAUCUCUGCAUUAAAACUGAUAAAAAAAAGUGAUUAUGAUAAGGCAACUUUAGUGGUACAAAAAUGACUAUGGUGUGUCUUUGAUAAAAUGUCAUCAAUGAAUAUGUUCACAAAUGUAUAUAGAAUAGACGCUGUCAUUUUGGUGUGAUACAUGACUGAAUUUUCUUGAAGAGAUGUCUUCAGCUCUUAACAACACUGUGAUGUGCGUAUGAAAUGUGUCAAUCUUCUG